GUCAUGGCACUGACGUCCCUGCCUGCCCAGCAAAGGGGAACGGGGAGCGCUCACGCAGCUGCCGCACAACCUUAAUACAUCACGUCGGGUGCCGGGGAAGCGAGCGGCGCGCUGGCGGCCAGCCCAGCUCUCGGUGUUUACCGCCACUUUUCUCUUACCUUUCUCAGGGGCCAAGUGACUAAUAUGUCGCCUGUACGGACGGUAGAAUACCGCACGAGUUCCAGACACGUCGCGGGGCGCUGCUGACUGAGAGAGAAGCCGUGUCCGAGCCCUGCUGUACCCCGCACGGAAAGAAAAACACACACGGAACAAUUGUGGGGAGGGAGAGAGCCGCACGCUGAGACCAUGGUCAUGGCGGAGAGAGGUAGAGGCCAGAUUCGCGUUGGCUUCUACGACAUCGAGAAGACCAUAGGCAAGGGGAACUUUGCUGUCGUCAAACUGGCCAAACAUCGGGUCACUAAAUCGGAGGUUGCCAUCAAAAUCAUCGACAAGACACAGCUCGAUGACGCCAACCUGGAGAAGGUUUACCGAGAGGUGCAAAUUAUGAAACUUCUCAAUCAUCCCAAUAUCAUCAAGCUGUACCAGGUGAUGGAGACAAAAGACAUGAUCUACCUUGUCACAGAGUAUGCCAGCAAUGGGGAAAUUUUCGACUACUUGGCCAAUCACGGCAGGAUGAGCGAAAGCGAGGCGAGGAGGAAGUUUUGGCAGAUCAUCUCGGCGGUGGAGUACUGUCACAACCGUCAUGUCGUUCACCGAGAUCUCAAGGCAGAGAACCUCUUGCUAGACAGCAACAUGAACAUCAAAAUUGCCGAUUUUGGGUUCAGUAACUACUUCACUCCUGGGCAGCCCCUGAUGACCUGGUGUGGAAGCCCCCCCUAUGCCGCACCAGAGGUAUUCGAAGGGCAGAAGUACUACGGACCUGAGCUGGAUGUUUGGAGCCUGGGCGUGGUGCUGUAUGUUCUGGUGUGUGGGGCCUUGCCAUUCAACGCCGACACCUUACCUGCCCUGAGGGAGAGAGUGCUGGCAGGGCGAUUCCGCAUCCCAUACUUCAUGUCAACCGAAUGUGAGCAACUGAUUCGCAGGAUGCUGGUUCUGGAUCCCAGCAAGCGCUACAGCAUCGAGCAAAUCAAGAAUCACAAAUGGAUGCUGGAGGACGGCCAGGUGCCCCGCAGACCGCUGUCCAGUCCGCUGCCUCAGAUGGAGGAGGACGAGAGACUGGGACACUACAACGAGCAGGUCAUCAGGCUCAUGAACAUGCUGGGCAUCAAUCCACAGAAGACUCGCGAGUCUCUUGAUAGCAAAGCUUACGACCACUUUGCCGCCAUCUACCACCUACUUGUUGAUCGUUUGAAGUACCAUCGCAGCAGUUUCCCACUAGAAAACCGCACCGACUCUCGAGGCCGCAGGCCAAGUACUAUCGCUGAGCAGGCCAUGCUGAAGGCCAGCGCGACCGGCUUCAGCGGCGGGAACGCCAUGACGAACUCUGUCCCGCCUUUCGUGAAACCGUCAUUCCAAUUGACUGUGGAUGAUUCCCAGAGAACGGCUCAGUCCUACAACCAGUUUGUUCUGAACAGAGUUGAGGACGUCCCCACCCCGGAGGUGAAGGGGUGCUGCCUGGACGUCAUCCCCCACCCCCAGGUCAGAAAGGUCCGGUCGGCCUCACCGAGUCGCAUGAUGGAGUCCCUCGACGAGGACGUGGAAGCGGACAUCAGCGAACACGCCGACCUCCCGGGGAUGUCCGCCAUCAACAUGCCGUGCAAUUCUCAGCGAAGGCACACGCUGGCAGAUCCGAUCGAAGGACCGCUGUUGCCGCCCAGCCUGAUCCCGUGCAAUACAUUUGUAAAUGACCAAGGAACUGAGAUGGACAGAAUGCCUUGUGCCCAGGAAGGUUUCCAAGUAGACUCUUUACACGCUGGGUUUGCAGACGAGGUGGAAAACAUGGAGCCCUGCGUCAACCACGUCCAUGACGACCGAUCGGCGAUGACAAGUUGUUUGUACGACGCCGAGAAAAGUAGUUCGAACCGUGCUUCUCCUGUAAACUUCCGAGAGGGUAGGCGUGCCUCAGAUGGUUCUCUCACCAAGGGCAUCGUGGCGUUCCGCCAACACUUGAAAGACCUUGCCAAAGUCAAAGGUAUGGUGCAGCUCCACAAGGAGCAUCAGGUCCUGCAGGAGAUGUGUAACAGGACAGUGUCGGAUUGUGACGCCGAGGACGCGAGCGAACUGCCGUCUUGUCGCUUCCAAGAGGCGAGACUGAGAGCGAACCGGCCUUUCUCCCCUCUCGUCGUGCCAAACCAGCCCCCGAGCACACCCAACACCUCCCCGCUCACACGCAGACAAUUCCCCAUCAACAAACCAGCGGAGCAGCCCACACCCAAACUAAUGAAACAUGCGACUGUGCACGCAGACCCCGACUUUGACCACAGAUUUGAUGAGCUCCCGGAACAGAUUCUGGCACUAGAACCUUCACAGAAAUUUAAGUUGGUGGAGAAUUCUGGCCCCUAUCAAGCAGAUCUGAAAAUGACGUUGGAACAGCAGCUUCUGCAGCACAAGCUACACCAGAAGAGACAGAUGUUGCAGAAGCAGUCCCAACUCAACAUGCAGUUCCAGAGAAUGCAGAUCAGGCCAACUGACACGCAGACACAGCUUGACAGCCAGCAGAACCCCUUGCAGCUGCAGUGUCAGCUUCGUCAGCAGCAGCUGCAGCACCUGCAGCAACAGCAGCAGCAUAUCCGCCAGCAGCAGCUGCAGGACAGACUGCAGCAGCAGCAGCUGCAGCAGCUUCAAGUUCAGCAACUGCAACAGCAGCAGCAGCAGCAACUACAACAGCUGCAGCAGCAGCAGCUGCAACAGCAGCAGCAGCAGCUACACAACAGCAGCUGCAACAGCAGCAGCAGCAGCUGCAACAACAACAGCAGCAGCAGCUACAACAGCAGCAACAGCAGCUGCAGCGGCAACAACAACAACAGCUGCAGCAACAGCUCUGUCAGCAACAGAUGGCACAGCUACGACACCAACAGCCUUGUGGGCAGAUACAUCAUGCAGCAGCAGAGAACAGCAUGCAGACAGCUGGGUCGUCAGCAGCCAACAGAGGCCAUAUGAUCCGACAGACAUCCUACAAACUAGCCCAGCAGCAUCCUGUCACAUUCCCUGAUGCUGGUGGGAGUGAACAGAUGACCUACAACCACAUAUCCAACCAGCCGGAGAUGCUGCCUCUUAUCCCCCAGCUCAGCAUCGACGAGGUAGACGCCGAGUGUGAGAGCAUGGACACAUCAGACUCUCUCAACUUACAGUCAGGCAACUCCAUCCUGGCAUGUUAGGAGAGGACUGUCCUGUCCAUGUGAAAGAAUGAACAGUGUAGCCUGGCCAUUUUUCUUAGACAGGGACCAGUUAUUAUAUAUAAUAGCCCGGUGCUGUAGGGACGGCUCACGAUAAAGUUUGCAAUAAAACAGGAGAACAAAGAACAAGGCAAACAUGUAGGAUAAAGCUGCCAAGUUAUACAGAGGGAUGUUAUGUUGGCACGUGCCUUGCAGUGGGAAGCCAUUGGGAUAUAACAUAGUUGGGUCAUUGCUGUGAAAAAAGAAACGAAACAAAAUGGUGAACUAUUUUUCCUGUUUCCAAUGGGGGAAUGAUUAAUGUCGUUAUGUGCAAAUGUCGUUGCUCGGUUUGUCCGCUGUGUUCCAACGUUAUGUUCACUUAAUUGCGUCCAUCUUGAAAAUUAUGAAAUGUGUUAUCUUGAAAAUUAUGAAAUGUGUUAAUACCUUGUCAGAGGUCCUAUCAUUGCAAGUUGAAUGUCUGUCUCCAUAUGUAUGUGCAUGAUUGUAAUCUUAUUAUCCCAACCUUUCGAUAUGUACAUGUACCUGCUUCGUUUUUUCUGUUGUUCUCUUUCUUCAGUCUCUUUCACUAAGUCUCAACUGUGUUACUGUCAAAUGUGUCCACGACAAACUGGCAUCCUGUGUCCUAAUUAAAUUUCCCCUGUCGUGUGGCAGGUACUAAAUGUUUUUGUGAUGAUUGUGUAAAAAGAAGAAUGUUGCCAAUAUCCAAGGAGACGACAGUGUCUGUGUAAAGAGAAAGUGACAAACCUAAUUUGUAUAGACUGUGAACCUCCUUUCCAUGAAUGUUCCUUCCUUCUAGACCAAGAUGGAGAUUUAGAAAGUCCUCGUUUAGUGUAUAUAUUAUAUAUAAUAUAAAUUAUUAUUGGUGUAAAGUUUAUCUGUAGUAGAGCUACAGUGAUUGGCUUGAUGAGCUACAUUUGUAAGUGAGAGUGUAAAAGUGGUGCCAUCCACGAGUGCCACAGUCGUAUCACCAAGUACAAAAUAUAUCUAGAGCCUAUUUUCAACCCUCCUAGUCUAUAGAACGACUGAAGGAAUGAAACAGGACAUCUAUUUUCCUUAGAACUAGAACGUAUUUUGUACUGUAUGUGCAGCAUAAGCCAGAUAUUGUUGACUGUUGUUUUAAGAACUGUUCUGUUCGGGUCACAAAAAAUUGUACCUGUGUCAUAGACUGUAAAUAUGUAUAUCUAUAGGACGUUUUUUUGUAAAUAGGUGUGAAGGUGUCAUUGUACAUAUAUUAGGCAGAUAUGUACUGUUGUUAUUUUUACACAAGUGACAAUACUAGCGAACACUUUAAACUCCUUCGACAUUUAAAGGACCAAACGAAAAUGUAGCUAUAUAUCACAUGGUGCAGUGAUGUGGAUAAGAUGGCAUCGGUUCAAAAAAACACUGCCUCUGAGGCAAAAUUGAUGGAAUACUGUAAAGGAUACCAUGUCGGACAUUUACCAAAUGACUGUGACGUACGGAUUUUUGCCUUCUGUGAUUAUAAAUAACCAAGGCAGCGGAACAGUAGAGGAUAGACGUGAUCUUGUUAGAAUUUAAUCUCAAAAGGAAACGUAGAGUAGCGGAGUAGAGUGAAGCUAGAGAGAACACCUCCCCCCCCGAAAAAGUGCAUAUCAAAGUUUGUGCAUCAUUUAUUUAUUGUUGUGUAAGGGUUCCUACCCAGAGGAAGAGAAUAUUACAGUGUAGGGAAUGACUUGUCCCUUGUUAAUGGUGGUAUCCCUGUAUGUAGAGCACUGGACAUGGUGUGCCUACAAGUCCAGUGGGUUGAUCAUGCCUAAGAGCAUUAAAGGACAAUCUGAACAUA